AUGGAAACGUUAUUGAAACUGCAACGUCUCGACUUGGAUCCAAAUUCGCCGUCAGCCGCGAAAGAGUGGAAACAUUGGCUCCGAACGUUCAACUACUUCAUUCAAGAAUGCGGCAAUAAAGCCCCAAACAAACACCGUACUCUCAUCAAUUAUGUCUCUCACAGCGUUUGCUAUUACAUCGAAGAUUGUCAGGACUUCGACUCGUCUACUGAAGCACUAAAUAAUCUGUAUAUUAAGCCUCCGAAUGAAAUAUUUGCACGUCAUCUACUUGCUACAAGGCGCCAAAAGCCUGGUGAGUCGCGUACAGAGUUCUUACAAGAACUUAAAAAGUUAAGCAAGGAUUGUAACGUCAGAAGUUUGACUGCAGAACAGUAUAGGGAGGAAUUAGUCCGUGACUCAUUUUUUAAUGGUCUUCUAUCACCACUGAUCCGCCAACGACUUCUGGAGAACAGGCAACUGGACUUGAAGACGGCUUUUGAUCAGGCCAACGCGUUAGACUUAGCCCAGAAAAACUCUGAAGCCUAUGCUCCAACCGAAAACUCGGCAGCUUUUUUUUCUACUGAAUAUGGAGGUGAGGAUCCUUUACCAAGUGAUAACCAUGUAAAGGAGUGCCCUGCACGCAGUUGUGUCUGCAACAAUUGUGGUAAAAGUGGCCAUUACGCUAAAGUUUGCCAGUCUCAGGCUGUGAAAGGGACUAAGACUACAGCAUCAAUAAGAUCUGCCUCACUCUGCUCCAUAAGUGCCGCCUGUCCAAAGAGCCUUUUGCAAGCAUCCACCAAAGUCAGUGUCAACAGUACUGUUCUUACUGCCCUUGUUGAAUCUGGGAGUUCAGAUAGCUACAUCAACGACAAGGACUUUCAAAGGGAACAGAAAAGUGUUGUCAUUGAGUUCAGUGGUAAAAAGCCAGAACUUAAAGUACCCAACGGGGUACCUGUAUGUGCUCUUGCAGCAGCAUCUAUUGAGGAACCAUCCCUUUUGCGAACCUCCUUACCGAAUGUAAGCCUAUCGCAAGCAAGUCGCGGAAAUUCAGCAAGGAGGACCAGGAAUUUAUCAAACAAGAAAUUAACCACCUACUCGUUGAAGGAAUAA